GGGGCGCGCCGCGGCGCCGCUCGUGCUCGGCAUGGCGGAGCCGGACCCCGAGCCGGAGCAGAUCCGCCUCAAGUGCAUCCGUAAAGAAGGGUUCUUCACGGUGCCUCCGGAACACAGGGUGCGACGGGGCGCCUCCGAGCAGCGCUGGCGCGGGGUCGGCCGCACCGCGCGGACCCUCGGCGUCCCAGAGUUCCCCACGGCUGGCGGAAGCCGGGGCGGAUGCGCUGGGGGCGGGCGGGAGAGACGCUUAAGCUGGGACAGUGCCGGAGCGUGAAGGAGUUUGAGAAGCUGAACCGCAUUGGCGAGGGCACCUAUGGCAUUGUGUAUCGGGCCCGGGACACCAAGACAGAUGAGAUUGUUGCCCUGAAGAAGGUGAGGAUGGACAAGGAGAAAGAUGGCAUCCCCAUCAGCAGUCUGCGGGAGAUCACGCUGCUCUUGCGCCUUCGCCAUCCUAACAUUGUGGAACUGAAGGAGGUGGUUGUGGGAAACCACCUGGAGAGGGAGAAGAUGGGAAGUACUGUGCAUCUUUCCUUUUCUUUCAGCAUCUUCCUGGUGAUGGGCUACUGUGAACAAGACCUCGCCAGCCUCCUGGAGAACAUGCCAACGCCCUUUUCUGAAUCCCAGGUCAAGUGUAUUAUGCUACAGGUGCUCAAGGGCCUCCAGUACCUGCACAGGAACUUCAUCAUCCACAGGGACCUGAAGGUCUCCAACCUGCUCAUGACAGACAAGGGCUGUGUGAAGACAGCUGAUUUCGGCCUAGCCAGGGCUUAUGGUGUUCCAGUAAAGCCAAUGACCCCCAAGGUGGUUACGCUCUGGUACCGAGCCCCGGAGCUGCUACUGGGAACCACUACCCAGACUACCAGCAUUGACAUGUGGGCUGUAGGCUGCAUCCUGGCUGAGCUGCUGGCCCACAAGCCUCUCCUCCCUGGCACUUCUGAGAUCCACCAGAUUGACCUGAUUGUACAGCUCCUGGGGACACCCAGUGAGAACAUCUGGCCGGGUUUUUCCAAGCUACCACUGGCCAGCCAGUACAGCCUGCGAAAGCAGCCUUAUAACAACCUCAAGCACAAGUUCCCAUGGCUGUCAGAGGCGGGACUGCGCCUGCUCAACUUCCUGUUCAUGUAUGACCCCAAGAAAAGGGCAACGGCAGCAGACUGCUUGGAGAGCUCCUACUUCAAGGAGAAGCCUCUACCCUGUGAGCCGGAACUCAUGCCCACUUUUCCACACCAUCGCAAUAAGCGGGCUGCUCCUGCCAUGGCUGAGGCUCAGAGUAAGCGAUGCAAGCCCUGAGAGUGGGCCCAACACAUACUGCAUGCCCUCUCCAGACCAUCAGCCAGCAGUAGACUGGGAGGUCCCCUGUGUGCCAGGCUGGGUCUCCUGGAAUGCCCUCGGCUCCCCCAGCACCCUGCUGGUUCCUGUGCACCCAGGAAGACAAGGGGUGGGCCCAGGGUGGUAGAGGCAGGGACUGCCAGCCUGUGCACAAGGAGGGGCCACCUGGUAGCUACUUGUUCCUCUUGGCUCUCAUCUGGCCUCUGGGGAGAGCAGUGCAGAAACCUGUGCUGGCCCAACUAUGUGGAGUCUUGGAACUGAAGCUGGGUGCUGGCCUUAAAAGCAAGCCUCAGAAGAUGAUGCCACUCAUACCUGAUCGCACAGGGCCACCCAGGACACAGGCUGUGAUCGUUCCUAGGGUAGCCCUGGUGGGAAGGAGGGAUCGGGCCUGGGUGGGGCCUUGAUAUGACAUCCCUGAAGGCCCUCAAAGAGAGCCCCAGCUGCCUAGGA